AUGGGCCAAUUCGACUGGUUUGCCAAGAUCGGCGCAACGCCGCAGGCUGUCGCCGUACUCAACGACCAACCUUAUCUCUUCACCGUCUUGCUCGUCGUCCUCGUCGUCAUCAUCCUCCAGUGUCUGCUCAUCUGGUACAUACACUUUGCCACCAUGAAGCCUGAGCAGAAGAAGAAGAAGGACCCCAAGGGCAAAGGCGGCAAGGGAGGGCCGCCCGCAAAGAAAUGA